AUUAUUUCCACUUCUCUUCUUACUCGAGUCUUUUCACUUUCUUCCCCUCCACCCUCCCUAUAUAAAUAACACCAAAACAAACCAAAAUUCAACAGCUUAAUUCAAAGUCUCUCCCCCAAAAAUCCUUCCCCCAUUGUUGAAGAAAGGAAAACAUACAAAAUUUUGGGAGCUAGUUAAUUCUCCGGCUGCUUAAAUCGACCUUUUUCUUUGUUUGUGGAGAAUGGCAUUUCUGGAGGGGAACGGUAGAAGAAUGAAGGACAACUGCGGGGGAAACGGGGGCGCCGGCGACGACGACUGGUGCUACGAAGACGAAAACGCCCUUCUGAAUUAUCCGGUGAAAGUUCGCACUACGCUCCGCUACAUAAAGGAAAUCUCCCAAAAACACAGUUACGAGGAUAUAUAUUCGAUGCUGAGGGAAUGUGGGAUGGAUCCCAAUGAGACAGUUCAGAAGUUGCUGCUUGUUGAUCCAUUUCGUGAGGUGAAACACAAGCAUAGUAAGAGGAGAUCAAAUGUAGACCCCGGCACCUCUGAAAGACGUAAAUGGAUGUCUGGUGUGCAGCAGCGAGAGGCUGGGGCUGGUAGAGGAAACAAUUAUUCUGCAUACUCUCCCAUUGGUGAUUAUUAUGGUGGUGGUCACAGGAGACAGGCUCCCGUGAGACCAGAAAAUGGUGGCCCUUAUCACAGAGAACCCAACCAUGCUGUACCUCUUGCUAAACCACCUUCAGUUGCAGCUUCAAAUGGAAAUUCUAUUAAUGAACCAAGUCAAGGAGCCUCCAUUGCUGAGGUCAGGCAGUUAGGAAAAAGUCCAGCUCUACAAACUGUUGCUGUGAAGCAACUCGACAGUACAAGUCGCGGCCCCACUCCUGCCUCAACUCCAACAACUGCCUCCAUUGUUUCAUCUGGAACGAGAUUUGUUGGAGAAAUUUCUGAAUCACAAUCUACUGAUUUACCAGCUUCCCUGAGCUCAGCUCCCGUAUCAGGUGUCUAUUCCUCUGCUUCGGAUCCAGUGUUGCUUCCAUCCCUCAAUCUGCGCAAUCUUGGAGCUGCGGGAACCAUAAAACGUGAAAAGCAGAACCCUCAAUGUGCUUCUGAGUUUAGUGGGCCGUCUUGUCAGAUUGAGUUGAAUGGUGGUCAUGUCAGUACAAGUGGUAGUCAAGAAGGUGUUCGAACUGCCAAUGGAACAUCACAGAGAGUUGAAAAAAGUAAAACUUCCGAGCAUUCCAGGGAUUCAUCUUUGUUAAGCCAUGAUAAUCCAUCUUCCGCUGCCAUUGUGGAGCAGGAUGAUUGGUCACUUGAACAAGUUAGUGGUCCUUCACAAGUGUUAGCUCAAGUUGGAAAUGAGGCACAAGGAGCCAGUAUGCAGUCCCAUUCCAAGCUCAGUGACCCUGUUUUGGAGAAAGAAAUAUCACAACUCGAUAUGAAGUUAGAGGGACUGAAAUUGUCCACCCAUCAGCAAGUUAUUUUUCCAGAUCACAUUCAGGUUCCUGAAGAAGUAAGAGUUGGAUUGACUUUUGGUAGCUUGGAUGGCGCUUCAGUACCAAGCAAAAAUAUGAACAAGGACUCCACGCGUGUGGCUCCCUCUGUGAUGAUUGGCCAGGAUGCUGCUGGGGAGCCACCUUUAUGUGAUCAACCUGCAGCCCCAGCUGUCGAAGGAGAUGAUUCUGCUUGUCAUACGCAAACACAGCCUGAGGGAAUGGAGAACUUAUCACCCUUAGAAAUGGAUGCCUUAUCUGCUGCUGUUCCUCCGAAGUCCAAUCAGCUGAAGCCUGACAUACUGCCCCAUAUUGGAGGAUCGCAAUACCCAUUUUUGUCGGCUGCUCCAGUUAAUGGUUUCAGUAUCGUACCCCCGAUCUUUGGGCAUCACCUUCUGCAAGUUGAAGCAGCUGAGGUGGCCAGCUCAGUUCCAUCAACAUCGAGUUCAUCACAACCUGCUCAGCCUGUAGGCACUGGACAGAAUUCUGUUGCUGUUUCACCGCAGUUGUUUCCUUUCCUUAGGCACCCAUUUCCGUCCAAUUAUGUCCCAUACAAUCCGUACUUCCCUCAUCUCUAUAUGCCCCAUGGUUCUCACCAGUUUAUAGGUCAUGGUGGAUUCCCUCAGCUAGCUCCAACCGGUAACAUGUAUAUGCCACCAGCUGCUGCUACAGGGGUCAAAUACCCUGUUUCACCUGUAUACAAGCCCGGUGCAAACACUGGAAAUCCAGCGAACUUUGGUAUUCCAUCUGGAUAUGGCCCGUAUGGCUCUUCUGCUGUUGGCUAUGGUAUUGGUGCUAGCAUAACUCCAAGUGGUUCUUCUUGCAGUGAAGAUCUUGCUGCUCCUGAGACGAAGGACAGGAACAUUUACUCGGCACUAAAUCAGAACGAGGAGCCCCAAAUUUGGACCUCUGUACCAGCUCGAGACAUGUCAUCUUUGCCAGGAAAUUUCUACUACAACUUUCCUCCUGGCCAACAGGUCGCUUUUCCUCCCUCACAUUCUGGUCAGGGAUCUAUAGCUGAAAUGUAUCAUCUAACUCAAACAGCUGAUGCUGCUGCUUCAACCAGUGCUCAGUCACCUCCUGAACAACAAUCCCAACCAAUUGCUGGAUCUGCUGAACCUGAGAUUCCACCAUCAGGCGGCACGUAUCAACAAACUCAUUCGCAGAACCAUUGGAACACCAAAUUACUUAACCGAUAGAACAUUUAAUCUUUUUGGAUGAAAAGACAUUGUAGUAGCAAUCUAGUUUGCCGUUAUAAGGGGAUAAUUAGACAAAGGGUAACUUAUAUUGGCCUCCCAAAGUGUAAAUAGCACAAUCUGCUAUGAAGGCUAAGAUAUAUUAGAAGGAUAAUCAAUAGAGGACAGGUCUCCUUCCCUAUGGUAGGCCUCUUUUUGUUAUGAAAACAUUGUCCUUGUAAGAUUAAAAAUUAUGGAUAAUUGCAGUAGCCUUUUUGGAUAUAUAUCUUUCUUGGGAAUUCGUGGAAUAUGUUAGGCUUGAAUUUGCAGGUGGGGUUUUGGUAUUAUCCUGUAUCUCAUGUUUCACCUCAUCAAACUUAGG